AUGGGCCUGCGCGAGCCAGCCCAGCAGCCGGACCGACCGAAGGUGAAAAAGAAGCUAGCAAACGGUGAAUAUGUUGUUAUAACGAGGAAUGGGAGAAUAUUUGUAUUUAAUAAAGAAACCGGCAAAAGCAGAUGGGACAUACCGGACGAUCCAGAGCUUAUUUUGCUGGUAGCCAAGGCUCGCGGGUUCAAGGAAAGUGAAGCCACCGAUAUCCAGACGGAAUCAGCCAGCGGGAGUGCAAGCUUUGAGUCUGAAUCAAAUAUUGAAGCCGAUAUCCAGUCUGAGCUGCAAGAUGUUGUGGAUAGUGGACCUAUACAAACGAUUGAGAUUAUUUCAGACGACGAGUCUGAUCUCGAUUUGUCCGACUUUGAAACAGCAGAAAACCCCGAUUCUUUCAAGCAGAUGCUUGAUGAGAAAAGGCUCAAUCCGUUCAAAAGUUGGGAAUUUCACCGUGACAGUCUUGUGGAUGAGCCAGGCUAUAUGGAAUUGGAGUCGAACAGCAGAAGACAGCAGGUGUAUGACGAAUGGGCACUGACUCGCAAGACUAGUGUAGAAACACCAACAGAUCAAUUUCUGGAUCUUGUGCAUCGCGAAAGUAACCCUAAUCGAUUCUAUAUCCAAUUCAAACGGUUGUUUCGCGCGCUGCCUGAGUUUGAUGUGCCAAUGCCUGACAAGGUCAAAGAACAGCUCUAUCGCGAAGAUUCUUAA